AUGGUAUUAACGAUCGAUCAGACUAUUCAACAAUUAGAUUUUGAUUAUAACUAUAAGAGUAUUUACGGUGAAAAUAACAAAAUUAAUGAUAAUGGUGAUAUUGAUAAUGAUGAUGAUGAUGAUGAUGGUGCUGGUGGUGGUGGUGGUGGUGGUGGUGGUAACAUUGCUGAUAUUGAUAAUCAAAAUAUCGCUUCAUUUCGAUAUUAUGAAGAUUUGGAUAAUACAAAUGACAAGGCAUAUAUUUUACCAAUCUCAAAACCAAUUGGGCAAGUAACAGGACUUGGAAUUAAUUCGCAUGGAUACCUUUUAGCAUUUCACAGAGCCGAUCGAACAUGGAACAAAUGGUCAUUUGAUAAAUACAAUAAAUUCAAUGCAAGUUUUGGUCCAAUAAAAAAUGCAACUAUUUAUGUGAUUGAUCCAAAUUCUGGUGAAAUUGUAAAGGAAUUUGGUGAAGGUAUCUUUUACAUGCCACAUGGGUUGACAGUGGAUAGCAAUGAUAAUAUUUGGGUGACAGAUGUUGGAUUACAUCAAAUAUUCAAAUAUGACAAAAAUUUUAAAUUAUUGAUGAAAUUGGGUGAACAUUUGAAACCAGGUUCUGAUAAGAAGCAUUUUUGUAAGCCAACUGAUAUUGCGAUAGCACAAAAUGGACAUUUCUUUGUGGCUGAUGGUUACUGUAAUAAUCGAAUCAUGAAAUUUGAUGAAAAUGGCAAAUUGUUAGCAGAAUUUGGUCAUUCAAAUGGAUUAGGUGAAGCAGCCAGUAGUCAAUUCUCGAUACCCCAUUCGAUAGCUCUCAUCGAGGAUUUAAAUUUGAUUUGCGUAGCGGAUCGUGAAAAUGAACGAAUUCAGUGUUUCAGUGCUGGAAUCACCGAUGAUCAACGAGCUUUACCGAUCGGAAUGCUAAUCACUAAAGCGGAAGGUGUUGGUCGAAUUUAUGCAAUUCGUGAAAAAAAGCACUAUUUGGUGGGUGUUACUGAAUCAGAUGGUGAAGGUAUUGAAUCACAGCUAUUUGUGAUGGAUAUGAAUAAUGGAAAAACGAGAACAUUUAUGAGGGGAAUUGAAAAUGCUCACAGUUUAGCAAUUUCGGAUGAUGGUAUUGUUUAUGUUGGCCAAACUGGACCUAAACAAAUCGUUCAAAUUCCACUACUUGAUCAGUAG